AUGGUUUGUUAUCCCGGGAAGGACCCACCGUUGUUGGCAAUUGUCGCCCAAAGGUUCGGAGGAAUUGUCCACGAGAACGAAUCGUCAGGUGAGAAGCCAUCUUCCCUGAGAACUUUACCAAGCUUACGGCGAGGCAGAGAAGCUGAAGAGCGAGCGCGGAGGUCAAGUGGAGCACAGUACACCACCCAAGUACCUUUGAUACAAUCGGUUCCGAAGACAUGGCCUCAAGGAAGUAUACCGCCCAUUCCAGCGAGUACAAGUAUGAACGUGAACACGUUCUCGAGACCGCCUGUACAGCCCCUUAUCAGGUCUGAACAGGGCAAGACUGUCUCUUGGAGCACUAAAGCACCUUUCACCAUGUCCAUAGAUAGUGGUAGGAAACAGAUUCGGUUCUCUCACUGUCCAGCGCUCACUUUCCCAUCAAUGCAAUACGCGUACGACUACUUCCACGUCCAAGAAAAGCUACACAACCAGUGUGCAAUUCAAAACGGUCGGCCACAGCGGCUUCAAGCUGCCCAGAGACCCCUUCGAGCUGAGCAGCAAGGCUAUCUAGCUGAGCACCUAGGCCUUCGAGCUGGGCAGCUGGCAAAUUUCGCCGCGCAGCAAGCUUGUCUUGCUGAGUCGCUCUGCCCCUUCGAGCCAGUUUGGCAGUUCGAUACUCCGCUCAAGCCAAUUGACGCGCAGGACGUCCUCAACCUUCCAACGCCCCCAAGCCAUAGUGUGUUUGACUCUCAGCAUCAGCUCGCAACUGAGCCUUUUGCCCAAAGUCUGUGGAAAGAGUCCGUUCCGGUCCACUCCUCGUCCGGGUCACCGCCGCCAGAGUCUCCACCGCAAACCCUUUUCGCAGAAUCGACGCCGCAUGCUCGAGAGAUCCAGGCCCGGCCUCGGCUCAGACUACCAGUUAAAGGAUUGCAGUCUUGGCCUUUUCGAUCACAAGUGACCAACGACAAUCCCUUCCUGCAGUCGUCAUCAAUACAACCUGCGGACCAAGCAAUGACGCUUCCUGGUUCAUAUCACCAACCAUCGACCUGCAUAGGUACCGUCCUCCCACGAACCCUUACCAACGAGGUCGAUAUCUCUGACCAACCACCAACUUUUCACGGAUUGUAUCACUCACCUUUCUCCUACGCAGACACCGUCCUCCCACAGACUCUAAACAGGAAGGACAGAAGAGUUCUUGGCGUUUCUUCAUCUGCUGGCGUCGAUGAGUAG